AUGUUUCUUAGCUUUUCUGUUGAAGAGGACUCGGUGCGGCCGUUUAUGCACCUGCUGCAUACCGUCUCCAAGCAGGGCGAGGGGGUCUUCUUCGAGCCGCACCGGGACAUGUUGCAGCUGCGUGUGGUGAACAGUACCCGCAGCACGCACAUGCUCGUGACCAUUGCCGCCUGCCACCUUAAGGGCUACCGCUACAUCCAUAGAAGUGCCGCGGCAGAUUCCUCCGGGCAACCGGGCAGCGCACCAGCCGGGACAAGUUCGUCGCUCCACGACGAGGACGGGGAAUUUUACUUGCUGCUCCCAACGAAGGCCCUCACCAUGACGGUGCUACGCCAGUCGCAGGGACUGGGGAAGAUGCACGUUCGCUACGACCCCAACUCGGCGUCCGUCAUGGCCGCCUGUGACACACUGCAGUGGGAGUGUGUGUUGUCCUGCGGCACCACAAAAAGCUUUGCGCUUCCGCUGGCGGAAGGACGACCGGAGCGCGCCUUCUUUGCACCCGAGCGGUUUCUUUUUGAUGCGUGUGGGGAGGCGUGGUUGUGGGGGGCGCUGCUUGGCUGGUUCCCCGCGUCACGGCCGCGGGUUGUGGUGCAGCCCCUCAAGUCGCGUCUUGAGCUGUGGGUUGUGGACAACGGUGAGGCGGACGCCACGGAAGGCGCCCACCCGCCGCUCGACGGCAGCAAAAGCGGCGGGGCGGAGACGAAGGUUGUGGCGUCGCAGGAGCACUUCCGCUUUAUGCAGCUGCAUGCGCCCCAAGACGACGAGCCGCACGGCGAAUGGACAACGUCGUCGAGGGAAAAUGGCGCCGUGGCGGAGGCACGUGCCUCCGCCACGGGAUCGAAUGGAGUGCUGCUGCCAGGUAAAAUCAUUGAACUGAAACCGUUCAAGCAGGUCUGCAUGCUGGCGCAUCAGCUCGGCUUGAUGAUUCGCGUGCGCACCGGGGGGGAGGGCCUCCCCGUUUUUGUGGAGGCCAUCACGGCCCAGGCGGCUUCAUUGGCAGCCAAAACUGCAGCUACCGAUGCCACCACCACCACCACCGCCGCCGCCGCUGCUGCUGCUGUGCCUGUUUUUUCAGGCAACGGUGUUGCCGUUCUGCAGCAGAAUACGUUUGGCAAACACUUACCGCCGGCGGAUAACGCGUUUCAAGUAACCUUCUCCAUGUACCUUGCGGCCUUUGACGUGCCGCAGCGGGCCAUGGACGGCGGUGAGGGGCUUACGGCGACGAGUCGCCGCUCCAUCAACUCCGUCACCACCGUAGCGGGCGAAGACCGCGGCGUCGCUGCGGCGGGUGGGACGCACGAGGCCGAGGCCCCGGUGGCCGCCACGUGCUUUGCGCCGCUCUCAGCGGGCGCGGCGCCGCCGUCGGGGAGCCCGCAGCAGACGCUCCCCACGAUGACGGCGACCACAGCCCCGGGGCCCGACAGGCGCCCGACAUGCGCCGCCAAUGGGACGGAGCGUGUAAAGCAUGGCGCCCCCUCGCCGCCCGGUGUGCUGGUGCCCGCGUCGCUCGGCCGGGGGUCGUCGGGUCUCCUGGACGGGCCCUCGCAGGUGAACGCGACUCCCUCGCGCGGCGGUGAACGCGCGCUUCCCUCCGCGGGCGGCGAGGUCGUGGUGGGGGCCACACCGGACGCCCCUGCCGAUGCUGUGGCUGCUGCUUCUGUCGCCGGUGGCGGGGCCGUCACGCCGCGCAGAGGCGGCAAGCGCCCCCGUGGCGGCGAAACCGUCGACGGCGCAUCCCCCCAGCAGACGAUCGUCAGUUGUACCGCCGUCGCCCCCACCGCCACGUUGGCGGCGCAGUCCGCCUCGUUCGUGGCGCCCACGAACGUGUCUUCCAGCGACCGGACGCAGGCGGGCGUCCAGCAACGAGAGGAGGGGCCAACGCUCUCGGAUUCGGCACGACCUUCGAUGGGAACUCGGCUUCCGCUUGACUUUAACGCCUUUAUGCAGGAGAUUGCGGAGGAAGCGAAGGAGGAGGAGGAGGAGGAGGAGCCAAGCGAGGAGGACGAGGACUUGCAGCGUUUUCUUGACAGUUGCAUAUCGUUGUUUGUGCAACCGUCAACCCAGACGGCCCAGUCACAGUAG